GGGAUUAGAGAAAACAGAAGUGUGGAGGUGGUGGUAGCUACCAUGGGCAGACAUGUGUUGGUUAUACCAUAUCCAGCUCAAGGACAUGUUAGUCCUCUUAUGAAGUUGGCACACCGGAUUUCUGAUCAUGGGAUCAAGGUCACUUUUGUUACCACGGAGUCCAUACAUGCAAGACUUAUGGCUGCCAUGCCAGACAAGGAUGAAGAGCUUAGCCAGAUGCAGCUAGUCUCAAUCCCAGAUCCAUGGGUAAAUAAAAAAGAUUUAGUUCAUGUGACUAACAGUAUUUUAACAGUCAUGCCAGUCCAUUUGAAGGACUUGAUUGAGAAGGUUAACCAGACAAAUGUUGAUGAGCAGAUCACAUAUGUUGUUGCUGAUACAGCAGUUGGGUGGGCACUGGAGAUUGCUAAGAAGAUGGGAAUUGAGGGAUCUGCCCUUUGGCCUGCUGGACCAGUAACUCUGGCUAUGGGACUUCACAUUCCAAAGCUUAUUGAGGCUGGAAUCAUAGACAGUUAUGGAAAUCCUAUAAAAUCUGAGUUGAUCCGGCUGUCGAAGGAUAUCCCUGCGUUUAGCAGCACCAAUCUUUCAUGGAACUCAACAGAUGAUCCAACGAUUCGGCAAAUUUCAUUUGAAUAUGCUUUCAGGCUCAGCCAAACUGCUAAAAUUUCCAACUGGCUUCUUUGUAACUCAUUCUAUGAACUUGACUCAUCAUCUUUUGAUUUGAUUCCCAACGUAUUAACCCUUGGACCUUUACUUGCAAGCAAUCGUCCUGGAUCUUCUGCUGGAAACUUGUGGCCUAAUGAUCCAACUUGCAUAAGCUGGCUUGAUAAACAACCUGCAGAAUCAGUCAUUUAUGUUGCCUUUGGCAGCACAACAUUCUUCAAGCAGAAACAAUUCAAUGAACUGGCACUGGGAAUUGAACUUGUAGGCCGGCCGUUUUUAUGGGUUGUCCCUUCAGUUGCUGAAUACCCCAAUGAGUUCACACAGAGAGUAUCCGAGUAUGGAAAGAUUGUUGGAUGGGCAGACCAAGAAAAAGUGUUAGCUCAUCCUUCUGUUGCAUGUUUUUUUUCCCAUUGUGGAUGGAACUCAACCAUGGAGAGCCUAUGCAUGGGAGUCCCUUUUCUUUGCUGGCCCCACACUGUUGAUCAAUUAGACAACAGGUUUUUCAUUUGCGAUAUCUGGAAGGUUGGUUUGGGAUUGGAUCCAGACGAAAAUGGAUUGGUUUCAAGACACCAGAUUAAGACCAAGAUUGAAAACUUGCUUUCUGAUGAUGGUAUAAAAGAAAAUGCACUACGGUUAAAGGAAAUGGCUAGAAGAAGUGUCUGCCAAGGUGGAUCUUCUGCCAAUAAUUUCAAAACCUUUAUUGAAGCAUUGCAGAAUUGAAGAUAUUUCCCGAUGUUUCUGUAUCCAGAUCUUGUAAAACCCCCUCUCAAAGAAAUCUCUGAUCUUCCAUGGGGGCAUAUUGAUGCAGAAUCCAUCCUAUGUAUGUGCUUGGGAUUGUAUAAUGGAUUAAUGGAAUAAAA